AUGGGAGGCUUUGAGGGUCAUCUGUACCCAGGGCUGUCCCUCUUCCUCUACGGACUUUAUCACGCACGACUCAUUUUCAGGGCCUUGAUACGCAACAGCCCCGUUCAGUAUCUCCCACGCUGUCCCUGGAGCAAAGGCAGAUGGGCCAGGCUGCAGCAAAUAUACUAUGUCGGCUUGGUGAAGAUACUGAGCGCCUGCAUUUUAGUGGCCCAAGAGCUGCAUAGCAUUCCUGGACAGUUUGUAUUCAUCAGCAAGAUAUAUCAUCAGAGGAACUUUUUGUACCGCAAGCAGUGGCAGCAUCUCACUCUGUACGUGACCUUCUUCCUGAGUGGGUGUGUAGAUGUGGUGAGCCAGAACCUGCUGCCCCAGAGGUGCGCUGCUCUGGAGCAAAGUGCCCAGGUCCUGGGCAUGUUUCUGCUUCUGUCCCUGAUGGUGUCUCACAUACAGGACUCCGAAGGCGUGGAGCUGCAGUCGCACAUGCUGCUCAUCCAGGUCAUCUUCCUGCUGACGCUCGUGGUCAUUGCAGAAUUCUGGGCUCCCAACGUGCUGCAGCUCUGGGUGAUGAAGGCCUUUUUGUAUCUGAUUCUAGGCUCUUGGCUGAUGCAGAUAGGCUUUAUGCUGUACAAACCCAUCUCGGGCCAUAAGUGGAUGGACGAUGACAAAAACGACAUUAUAUUUGUCACCACCUUCUUCUGCUGGCACGUGGCUUUCCUUGCCAUUUUGAUGACCUGGAUCUACGGCUUCUCGUUUUGGUGGUAUUGUUACGUUUGUUGA